ACAAACCAUAUGAUUUUGACGCUGAAGUUACUUACAUACAUAAAUGUUUUUAUUGCAUCAGUUCUUCAAACAAAAUGUUUAUUUUACGCACAAUAUCUAAAACAAAUUUAAUUCAUCAAUGUCAACGCACUUUUAAUAGUGUUUCAGCAAACAAUAGCAUUAAUUUGCUAACUAAACUUAAAAGCGUGAAUUUACAAAAACGUGAACUAUGGGGUUACGUAGCAAUUGCGUUCAACAAAGUUGACAGUGAACGACUAUCCAAAGUGGGACCGGAUCGGCUGUGCGCAGAAUGGAUAUUGAAAAAUGGUGGUGCAGUCGGUUUAGUAGGCAUGCAAAAUCGGGUACUUAAGGACUAUAAUAGUCUGCCACCGGAGUCGGUAAAAUUCUAUCUGCAAGUCAUUGAUGCCACUAAUGCAUCUAUUAUGAAAAUGGGACUCGAUCACUUUGCCGGUUGUCGGCAUAUAGAUACAGUUAUAUUUGACAACUGUAAGCAUCUGGAAGAUGGAGGUCUUGAAGGUUUAAUACAUUUGAAAAGCACGCUUAAAAGAUUACAAGUUUCUGGUUGCUAUAACCUGAGAGACAGCUGCUUUGAUGUAGUAGCUCAAUUGACGGCGCUGGAACAGUUACGUUUGUUCGAUUUGUUAUAUGUGAAGGAUAUACAAGGCGUGGCCACUAAACUACGGCAAGCGUUACCAAAUUGCAAAAUUGAAGUGAGAGCAGCAAAGUAGACUGAUUUUCAAACUGAAAAUUUUAAAUACUCAAAAUUGACAUACAUCCAAAUAUUUGUGAAAAUAAGUGUCUUUCAAGUGAAACAUAUGUACGUCAUAAAUAACGCAGGAUUUGGAAAAUAUUUUCAAUACGUAUUCUCACCAUUUGUAACGGUUCACGUUGUUGACACACUGAAUCAAACCGAACUCUUUUCGAAUGCGUAACCGUCGCUGAGUGUAUACUCAGAUAUAAAUAUAUUUGCAUACUAAAUUAUUUAAAACAAAAUUAAUUAUCUUUGAUAUUUCUGUAGUAAGUUAAGUUUUUAAUAAAGUUAACAUUGUUUAAUAGCAA